AUGCACGUUACGUCGAUCGCCGUCGUGGCCCUUACUGGCUUCAUUGGCCGCUCCCAAGCAUCCAGGAUUGCGCGCCGAGCCUGGCAUUUCGACACAGUUGAUCGUGCUUGUCCUCAAGAUAAGCAAGAUAUCAUCACGAAAGAAAUUGACUAUGCCCGUCAAAUGGCAGAAUAUACCGCAAAUCAUGUCAAAGAUGGCCCGUAUUUUGAUGCCAUGUUUUCUGGUAUUCCAGACUCGGACUUCGGCACCAAGGCCAAGGACAUAUACACAAGAGUUACCAAUAUGCUCGACCCAGGAAAUGGCGACUACGAUUUCAACAUUCAGUGCGACGAUACCACGGAUCUAUGCAAGAUUCCCAACAUUCAAGCACACAUGAAUGACGGUUCUAAAAGAAUGAAUUUCUGCAACAGGUUCUUCGCGCAGAACCCAGAUGGGACCGAGUUUGCCAUCCUCAGUACUGACCAGCGUCUGUCCGAAGGUGCUAGCUCUGCCGAUUUCAACCUGCGAAAGGCUCAACGGUCUCGUUCUGCUGUCAUUGUACACGAAUGUACACAUACUCAAUACACGACUGGUCUUCCAGAGGGCAAAGCACUCGAUUAUGCCUACGGUUACAACAGCUGCUGGCUGCUUCCACGAAACAAAUACAAUCGCAAAUGCAUGCCCGAAAAUGUCAGGGGCCGGAAAGUGCUCUGUCCGGAUGGCCAAAACCCGGACGAAGAAGGCAUUUGCCCCCCGGACCGAGCAAUCUAUAAUGCUGAUAGUUACUCGUUCGUCGCGGCAGGCGUUUGGUUCAGCAACAAGCUGGGAAAAGAGGUGCCCUUGCCGCCUGACCCCCCUACUCCUGCCACCAGACGACAAGACAGUAGUGAGAGUUGUCCUGUCGACGACAGCCUGCCAUUUGAUGGAGACGAGUCCGACCCACCCCCGGUGGCUUCGAGCUCGGCGGCUCCUAGCCCAACCUCCGACCCUUCAAGCUCGGUGGAUCCUAGUCCGACCACAGACCCCUCGAGCUCGAAGGCUCCUCAAGACCCGAUCUCGUCCUCGGCGAUAGAAGACCCUAGCCCAUCCAGCGCGGUUCUGGCUGGCACUCAACAACGGCGUGCGGUGUACACAACGACUCUUUGGUAG